CCACUACUAGGAGUAAAAUCUACUGCAGGAGGAAAAGGAUGAAAAGAUGGCUGACUUUUCACUACCGUGUUCUAACCACUUCCGCCAGUUCACGCGUGAAUCUUUGGCUGCUAUUGUGAAGCGAAUUGCUGCCUACAAGAAAUAUGAAGACCACCAACCUAAAGAGAAACCUCGUCCCCAACUUGACCUGCAGGUUUUCCAAAAGCUGCCUACUCUCUAUGGCAAUCCUCCUCAGGAGCUUGUUGGGAAACCACUGGAGGAUCUUGACCCUUAUUACAAUGAUCACAAGACAUUUAUGGUACUGAACAAAAGGAAAACAAUCUUCCGAUUUACUGCCACACGUGCCUUGUGUAUACUUAGCCCUUUUCAUCCGAUCAGAAGAGCAGUGAUUAAAAUUUUGGUACAUUCAUUGUUCACUAUUUUUAUUAUGUGCACUAUUUUAAUCAAUUGUGUCUUCAUGGCUAUAUUUGAGACUCCUAGGAAGUCUAAGUCAUCCGCACCUCCUCCAUGGAACAAGUAUGUCGAGUACACUUUCACAGCCAUUUACACUUUUGAAGUAUUGAUAAAAAUAUUGGCAAGAGGAUUGUGUCUGAAUGAAUUCACCUUCCUUCGAGAUCCGUGGAAUUGGUUGAAUUUCAGUGUCAUUGUUAUGGCGUAA